AUGCCGGACGUCUCGCGGGGCCGCCAGAGUUACGCCGAUACGAUCACAUCACCCACGACGUCCUUCGAGGGGCGCCGGGGACAGCGAACGACGAGAGAGAACCAGUUCACGCUGAAGCACGGCCGCAAGCAUCACGACUAUCCCGCCGCGAAAGCCCCCUAUGCCUUGUCCUACGACAAGGACAUCCUCGAUCGCGAUGCUAUCAACCAUAGCAUACGCUCGGUGAUCCAAACCAAUCCCUCGGCUGCGUUCGACACCGGAGAACGUCCUGAACAAGUUCUGGAUCUGGGCUGUGGGGCCGGCUGGUGGGUCGUGCACGCCGCGAGUCAAUGGCCGGAGACCGAGUUCGUUGGGUUCGACCUCGUCAACGUACAAGUACCGACACGCUAUCUCGAACCCUCGUUGGGUCGCCGUAUAUCCUGGCAGCAUGGUAACUUCCUCUCUCAACGGCUACCUUUCGAAGCCGGAACUUUCGAUUUUGUACGCUGUGUGAACAUUGGAAGGGCUGUGCCGGAGACGAAGUGGACGGCAAUAUUCCAGGAGAUCAACCGCGUGCUUAUCCCUGGUGGCGUGGUAGAGGUCUCUGAAGAAGACAUCAUAUUCCCAAUCAUCCCCCGAUGGUUCACUACCCCUUUACGCGCCAAACCACGAGCCCGAACAAAUUCGCGAUCAAGUAGUAUACCCUUCAGCAGCAUACCCGAUAUCCCACUUCCGCCUUCUCCGCCGGCUUCUCCUGCGAGCAAUGCAAGCUCGAUAGACGACGACGAGCCAAGUCAUGACCAUGCGCUACUCGAGAUGCUCUUCAUCUCAUUACAUCGAAGUCGCUUCAUCAACAUGAAGCCUUCCAAUGCCAUACCCUUGUACUUUGCACCCUUCUUCUCAAAAUGUCGUUAUGGUCCUCCGCUCUACUUCUGCAUGCCCUUCCUCGCACCCCUCAUGCCACUACCUGACGCACGACCUGCAACUCGACCUGCGACGAGUAUGGGGUCCGAAUUGUCCUCUCGACGAGACUCUUCGUUUCGUGACCGCUCUGAAUCAUCUCCCUCUCAGCCUCAACCACGCCCUCAUUCGUCCUAUUUCCCGCCUACUCCCAUCGACAGGAGCACCUCUCGAAGGUCAUCGUCCGUUGCCACGUCCUUUAGCGAAGCAUCGGACCUCUUCACGAGUGACGGCAAGAGCACACCAACGGCCAUGUCGCCGGAACCGUCCCUGGAUAGCGAUUCCAUCGUUCGCAGUUGGAGUUAUCCCGGUACAUCGCGCAGUGCAGCCACUUGGGUUGUGGCACGCGAAGGAGACCAGGACCCGAACAUGCUUCCUCCGGCUUUCAACUCGAUCGAUCAUCUCAGCAAUCGAACGCGUGCCAUGACUCUGUGGCAGGCCUAUCUUGGCGUGCGUGGCUGCCAGGAGGCGAUGUGGGAAGAACUGUUGUUAUUGCAGAAGACCGCAGCGGGUCGCAAACGUCUGCGCGAAGUUGGAUGGACACCAUCCAAGAUCGACGAUGGAAGGGAUGCAGACAUUAUGGGAGAGCUCGACCGAAAGGAGGCGGAGCGGCGGGUUGAGUUUGAGGAUCGGGCCCGCUUCGAAGAGAUGUUGGACUUGUACGAGAGCGACGUGCACGCGCGCGUUUCUUUCUGGUACUCGCUUACGGAGUUGGGCCUUCCACUACCGCGGCGAGAGGCGAUACAAAGAGAGACGCUCGUGGAAGAGGAACGAAUACGGAAAGCCAUACUAGAGGCGCGCGCUCGCCUGCCAAAGGACGACUCGGACGUACCGUGCAAGGUUUCCAUCUCCGCGGCGGCGGGCUCUACUCCUAAACUCGCAUCCUCAUCAUCUGUACCGGCGGGGAUGGGACGCAGCGCAGAGGGCAGUGCGGCGGCGAAGAAAAGACAGCGGAAAGGGGAGAAGGAGAAGGGAAAGGCGCGUGCGGCGGUGGAGGGCGGGGGAGAGCCCGGGCCGAGCACCGUCGCUGGCUCGUCGUGGUCCUGGACGUCGAUCAGCGACCCGGCGCCGAGCAGACAGCCGCCCGUGUUCACCCCAGACGGCGCUUACUUUUUCUCCGUCCUCGGAUCGUCCCUCAACGUCUACUCGGCCGCCACCGGCGCAGUCGUCUCCACCCUCGGCGGCCACACCGCCCCAAUCACCUCUGCGAUCCUCAGCCCGCACAACGCGUACCAGCUCAUCACCGCCUCGCUCGACGGCUGCAUAAAACUCUGGGACUUUUUGGACGGCGUCCUUCUCCAGACUUUUUCCAUCCAGCAGCCAAUCCACUUUCUCGUCGCGCACGAGCUCUUCAAGGACACCCUCUUUGUCUCCGCCGUGAGGAGAAAGAAAGCCAAGGCCGGUGCUGCCGGCGAUGAUGGCCUCGUCCUACGCGUUUCCUUGCGCCCGACCCCGGAGACGGCCGGACUGGACAUUCAGAAACCCGCAGAAGUGACGCUGGUGGGCAAGACGCGACUCGCGCGCGGGCUCGCCAUAUCCCCCAGUGGCGCAUGGCUUGUCACCGUGGCCGGCCAUAAGGCAUACGUCGCCGCGACCGCCAGCCUCAAGGAUGGAUUCACAAAGUUUGUGUCCCCCGAGGCAUUGACCUGCCUUUCUUUCCAUCCUUCGGAGGAAUACUUCGCCACCGGCGACGAGAAGGGCACCGUACGGAUCUGGUACUGCCUCAGCUCAGAUAUGACCUCCCAGACCGUUGCCGGCGUUGAGAAGCGUGCCCCCACCACCACCCUCCACUGGCACGCACACGCAGUCUCAGGCCUCACUUUCACGCCCAAUGGCGCGUACCUGCUUAGCGGAGGAGAAGAGUCCGUCAUGGUCAUUUGGCAACUUCACACCGGCAAAAAGGAGUUUGUGCCUCGCGUGGGCGCACCCAUUCUCAAUAUCUCUGCAUCGCCCGCGCGACAGCAGGAGUAUCUUCUUGGUCUUUCCGACGCAAGCUUCGUGUUCAUAAACUCCGCGUCGCUCAAGGUUGCACGGGCGUUCUCGCGCAUCAAACUCGAUCCCUCUAUCUCUGGUGGCGCUUCCGUACCACUUACACCGUUGGCAGUCCAUACUCCUUCGCAGACGAUCAUCCUCCCAUCUUCUCAUCCCUCCUCACUUCAAUCGUACUCCCCGUCCCAGAUGAAGCUGGUCGCCGAGCUCGAAGUAUCCCCGUCAAAUCGUGUCUCGCGUCGCGACGACAAGGCGUUGCAGCCAUCGGCUGUAGAGCGCGCUGUCGUGUCGCCAUCCGGGGAGUGGAUGGCCACUGUCGAUGUCAGGGAGGGCGACGACUCGUUCCGCGGCGAGGCGUAUCUCAAGAUCUGGCAUUGGGACAAGGCGGCCGGUUUUUGGGAGUUGAAUACCCGCGUGGACAGACCGCAUGGUCUCGACGCCAUCACGGCCGUCUCAUUCUCUCCUGAACCCGCCAAUCUUUUGGUAACCACGGGUCGCGACAACAAUAUCAAGAUUUGGAGGCUGAAAUCGGCCAACGGGAAGAGGAUUAGCGACCCAGAGCGCUUUUGGGUUCUACGCUCCACCUUCGCGUUCCGGGAGGAAUGUCCCAGUCACGCCUCAUGGUCCCCGGAUGGCUCUCUUCUAGCGGUAUCACUUGGCCCUUACGUUGCGAUCUAUGAUGCUACAUCCACGAUGCUCAUUUCAGCAUUAACCGCCCGCGAGUCAUGCGUGUCAGUGGUCUCCGCUCACUUCCUUGGUGACAGCGGUCGAUAUAUCACUGCAGUUGGUCAACGGGAGGUGGUGAUGUGGGACUUGAUCUCACGGCGUGUACUCUGGCGCGCUCAUACGAAACAUCCCAUCACUCAAGCCGUUUCCCAUCCGUCCGAAGACCGUAUAGCCAUAUUCGAGCAACCCAAUUCCACCAACUCUGACGCCCAUAUGACCCACGUCUCUAUCUUCGAGGCCAGCUCCUCAGAAGCUAUCAAGCGCGCCAUGCUACCCUUUCAUCUACGGGCGUCCGUCUGGUACCCACCAUCCUCAUCGGACCACCAGGCGGUCUCAUUCUGUCUUGUCGGCGUUUCGGACAAGUACCGCGUUGUACUUUUCGGCGACGAAGUCCUACAUGUCACCGAUCCCGGUACCUCCGCGCACGGACUCGGUGGAGAGUCAGCUUCGAGGCCGACGUCGACGCUUUUCCAAGAUAUCUUUGGCAAGACCGCUUUCGCCGGCGUGUCAACCGGACCAUCGAACGCCUACGGUGUCGCUCAGAACAAGAUUGACAACGUUGCGGAUCUUCUCGACGUCCCUGCGUAUCUGCUACCCUCUGUGGACACGAUCUUUGACUCAAUCAUGGGUUCAUUCUUGUUGCCGCGUGCAGCUGAAGAGCAUGCGUCGCCAGAACAGCCAGCUGAAAUCCCUGGAGACAUUCCUAUGGAGGUCGAAGAGCCAGUGUCGGCAAGAGACUUUGUGGAGGACGAGGAGAUUGGCAUGCUCAUCCACUUCUUCCGGGAUGUUGCCGUCAAAGGUCCUUAUGAUCCGAUGGCGCCUCUGCCUCUGAAGGGAAGCGCUCACUUCGGUGCCCCACCUUCUGCCAAACGCAAGAAGGAUAGACAUCAUUCUAAACCUCGUCCGCCGCCCACACCUCCGCAAGACAGUUACCCCUCCCCCGAAAGCACGCCAUCCUUGACGGCGGUGCCCCCUGCAACUGCAGGUAAAAAGCGCAGAAAGUCGCAAGCCUCAUAA